AUGAAAAACUUUGUGUUGUGUGUUAUCUUGAAUUUAUUAUUUUUCAUCAACACAUUUUGUUUGGCAAGCCCUGAACUAGUGCCAGUAGAUAAUUCUGUGAGUUUUCGUCCGAAAACAAACUUUGAUUUAAAGUGCAAUGUUUCGUAUACCGGAGAUUCGCCGCCUACAGUUACUUGGAAAAAGGACGAUGAGUCGGUAAUGGAAAUUAGCGGCCUCAAAACUAGAAUAAAACAGAAGUAUGACGAGAAAACGAAGCAGAGCAUCCUCACUGUUCAAAACCCCGUCGACACAGAUUCCGGUACCUACAGCUGUAACAUCGAAGCUGAAGGUAUCACAGCAGAACUGCAUGUGUCAAUGAAAGUUUACGUAAAAGUUAAUGAAAAUAUCAACGUCGUGGAGGAAACACCCUUGAGAAUAGAAUGUAAGGUGGUUGGUAAUCCCGUAUUGCACUGGAUCUUCAAAAACGAGACGUACAAUGCAUCAAGAGAUCGCGUCAUCCUGGGAAAUUACACAGAUGAUAACGAUAAGUUCAUCGUGAAUGGGGUGUUCAUAAUUGAAAAAAUUGACAAGAGCGACAGAGGUCAUAUCACUUGUGUAGGAGAAGAUGCGUCAGUGAACCAAAGUGCAGAAUCUGAAUGUAUGGUCAGAGUUAUAGAUAAAUAUGCUGCUCUUUGGCCUUUCCUAGGAAUCUGCGCUGAAGUUAUUAUCCUUUGUGCCAUUAUUAUUAUAUAUGAAAAGAAACGUAAUAAGUCUGAAAUGGAAGAGAGCGACACAGACCAAAGCCCAGACCAAAAAAACACACCUGAUAAUGGAAAAGACACCAACUUGAGGCACAGGCAGUGA